AUGAAACAAAGCAAACCCAUCAUACUCAAAGAGGCAUUCUUCACGCUUUUUAUAUCUCUGCUUAUAGUACUGUGCAUCCUAUCCAUUCAUUUAAUAUCAGGACACUUCGGAAUAACCAAAAAAGUAAUGCUGUCAAUAAUCUAUGCAUCCUAUAUAACACAUUUAUUUCUUUAUCUUCUCGAAAUUCCUGCCGUUCAAAUCAUACUCAGCUUCUCUGUUGAGGUGUUCUUACAUAGACUUUUGAAUGCUUUCCCAGAUAUAAACAUAAAGUCCUUUGGAUUUUACUAUUCAUUUGUUGUCUUUAUAGUUAAUGAAAUUCUCAUGCUUCUGUAUCUUGUUAAUUCAAGUUUGGGCGUGCCUGAGAUGAUAAUCUGCUUUCUAGUUACUUCGAUGGCGCCACUGACAUUCUUCUACUAUACAGGGGGAAUUACGACAUUCAAGAGUCCGUUAUAA